GGGUAAUCUGUUGAAUUGUUUUCCCAUUGGGCAAAUUUUAGAGUACGCUGCAGCUCCCCUCUCUGUAGCCUAGGCCCUGUUGCUGUGUUGCCGGUGUGCUACAUUUUUAACGAUUCGUUCCUGUGUUUUUGCAAGGAUUUUAAAUUCCGAAGGAUGCAAGGUUCUCUUAGAUGAGUUUCUUUUGUAACACCAUCAAGAUGGAUCCUAGGAAAAUCCAGUUUUUCUUCUGCACCUUGGUUCUUGUGCUGCUGACAUGUGGAAUCGAAGCGGAUAGGGGUGAAGUAAAAGGGAUUGACCUGCUUCAGGAAUUGCGGAUGAGCCAUGAUAUCCCCGGCAUAACCGAGUAUGAAGGGAUGCAUAAUGGUGCCACUGUCUGGCGUGCACGCUCGAUGCUCCGAAUCUUAUUAUUAUCAGAUUUUGAUUUUGACUACCUUCGGGAGCAGAUCUCAAACUCCUUCAGUAUAUUCUUUGUAGCGAAACAAAACAAGGAUACGUCUGGGAUUUUAUUUUCUGUUGUAUCAAAACAGCGAAAAACUUUCUUAUCACUUACAUCUGACCUAAAGUCUAGGAAUAUGACAUUGCAGUAUCGAAUCAAAGGUGACUCGCAUAUUUACAAGACCAGUAUCCCAACACCGUUUACAGACCCAAAGCAGUGGAACUAUGGGCUGUUGAUUUUAACCAAUGAUAAAGUCAAGUUGUAUUCCAAUUGCCAGGAUGUUAUGAAAUUUACACUGAAAGGAAAAAUCGAUUUUAACCCACCACAAAAUUCAUGGUUUUUUAUUUCUCAAGGUUCACUGGGUACGAAUAAAUUCUUGGGUUGGUGGGAAGAAUUACGUAUCUAUCCCAGAGCUUUGACCAGUCCCCCAUGGCAAUGCCAUGGAAACCAAGUUGAACGAUUGUCACAAGACGACCCCAAUGUUGAUGUUUCAAAGACUGUUGAACAGAGGGAGAUGGAUCAGAUGAAAUCUUACGUUGAACAGUUAUCUAGUAUGAUAACUGUUCUCAAUCAACAGAUAACUCAGUGUGAACAGGACCUUAUGUUCUCAACCCGUUGCGAGUGUGAACAGGUGGAGUGCGUGGUCAAUUCACAUAGGUAUCCUAGUGGAAAACUCUGGCAGCAAGACCCUUGCACCGCAUGUGUUUGUGAGAAUGGGGAGAUCACAUGCACUCUUUUGUCUGACAAGUUAGAAUGUCGUGACCCUUGCUCUCUUGACCCUUGUCAAAAUGGUGGCACAUGUACUGGCUAUCCUGGCUACCUAAACUUCACCUGUGCCUGUCCUCCUGACUGUUCAGGUAGCCAGUGUGAGCUGAGGGUCAGUUUCUGUAGCUUGAGCCCAACUGCUGGUCAGUGUGAAGUCUAUGUUCCAAGGUUUUAUUAUAAUAUGUAUGCUCAGAGUUGUGAAGAAUUUUCAGGGUGUGAUGGGAAUCAUAAAAACAAUUUUGAUUCUGUUGAGGCAUGCGAGAACCUAUGUAUGCGAGGUGCUUGCUGUCAACGUUUCUACAGAAGAGGGCGUGGUGGGAGCACUUACCGUGCAUAUAAUAUAGUUGAAGAUGAAUUGAAAUGUCAGGAAAAAAGCUUGGCGGAAUGUAAAGCCAUAGCAACGUUUAAUCCAUCAAGUGAUCGCAUCUCAGAAGUGAUGGCAUUCCACGUUGGCCAUUCCUGCUCUGGUGGUAUUUGCGAAUUAUCAAAGAAAUGCAUUGCGGGUAACAGCUCAUAUGAUGUUGGGGACAGUUUUAUGUCCGGAUGCGAAGAAUGUCAGUGUCAUCCAGAAGGCAUUAUUAAAUGCAGAUGUACAAAUUUGGUAGUCCGAAAGGAAAUUAGAGACAUGACAACAGAAGAAAUUGAGGCAUUCCAGAGAGCUGUACAAGUGUUGCGCAAUUCAGGACCGGGUAAUGAAUGGGAGCAGUUCCGCGAUCUUUACAGCCGUCACGUCAUGCAUGCACACUCCACUCCUUUCUACUUGUUGUGGCAUCGCGUGUUUCUACGUACUGUAGAAAGACGGUUACAGGAAAUAGAUUGUUCUGUUGCUCUCCCUUACUUUGAUUUUACUACUGACGUUCAAAACUUUUCCCGUGCCAUCAUUUGGCAACCAAACUACUUUGGUGGUGAUGGAGAUGGAGGUUGUGUUCCCGAUAAUCCUUUCCGUGUCUCCGGCCCUUGGGAUCCAUGUAUUGUACGCAAAUUUCAGUCAAACAUCAACCUUCCAACGAAAGUUGAUAUCGCUCGUGCUUUAGUGAAUUCCGAUUUUGAUGCCUUCACAAAGUCAAUACAGAUGUAUAUUAGCUAUGUGUUUGCUUUCACCGGUGGACAAAUGAGCUCGUCCAUGGCCCCGUACGACCCCUUGUUUUUCGCUUUCCAAUCGUAUGUCGAUAUGCUGUAUUGGAGGUGGCAGCAAUAUCAUGGCAAGGAGAUUUACCCACAAUUCCUUAGGAAUGUUAAGAUGGUUCCUUUCAACCUACGACCCAUAGAUUCUUUUGAUACCGAAGGACAGCUGUGUGUUACGUAUGCCUUGCCAACGUUUGGAGAUCCGUGCAAUAUCACAGAUCCAUUAUUCAACUCGGAAGGCUUUGAUAAAUACGGAUUUGACAGGAAUGGGUUUAAUCGUGAUGGAUAUGAUAGAUUCGGUUUUGACAUUCAUGGAGUUGAUCGCAAUGGUCGUGAAGAUCGCCGUGACAUCUAUAUCUACUCAGGAUAUGAUUUUGAGGGUUAUGACCGAACUGGCUAUGAUCGUAGGGGAUUCAACCGCUAUGGAUUUGAUCGAAGUGGAUUUAACAGGGAUGGUUACGACAUUAAUGGCUACGACAUUUAUGGAUACAAUCGCUAUGGCUACAAUCAAUCUGGUUAUGAUCAACGUGGUUACAACCAGUACGGCUAUAAUAGCAACAACGAACCUGAUGUAACCAAUUAUUACAAGAACGGUGGUUUCAGUGACCGCUGUUUCAACCGUGCUGGUUUAAAUCAAGCAGGAUACGACCAGUAUGGAUUCACUAUACAAAGAUACAAUCAGGAAUUCUGUAAUUAUGCAUUCCUGGGUCCGCAUAUUUUAUGGAUCUCGUAUCGUCUUGACCAGGUCUUGUUUGUCCAAACAGUGCGGUUUUUAGAGACUAUAUUGCGUGUUUGCCCGCCUUUGACACAGUUGCCAAAUGUGUGGUUUGAACAAACAUGGACGAGUCAACAAAAAGUGGUUUCCAUACCGCAAGGAUCUGUAACAAGAUUUCCUGCGUCUGUGUAUACUUCCAGUUUUUGUUUUGAAGUAGAGUCGUUGCUUAGUAACUGUGUUUGCGAGGAGAGCUACGCCACAUGCUCCUUCAACCCAUGUACCAUCAACACUUGCCGGGCUUACCCCUCCGCUGUCUGCGUUAUAGACGUAUGCGGUGGCUGUAGUGCUAAAUGGUUUGAUAAUGAUCAAAUUGUGAAUUGCAAAGGUGAACUGGCACCAGAUGGGUGUACUGUUGGAACCAUGAAUUAUGAUCAUGGGGAAACAUGGAAGACAGAUUACUGCACAACCUGUACUUGUGAGAGAAGUCAAGUUUCCUGUGAAAGUGAGAUCUGUCCAACUACAUCUAGCUGUUCUCAUCCUGGUAAAAGAUCAAGUGAAUGCUGCUCGGUCUGCAAAGACUGUCAGUAUCAGGAUUUCUUCAUCAGAAAUGGUGGCAGUGUUAUUCUGGAUGAAAAUAGUUGUGAAACCUGCCAUUGUCAGGAGGGCAAUGUAAGGUGUGAGAGGCUACCUUGCCCAGAUGUUCAUUGUGAAAACCCCAAGAUACCCAGGAAUGGUUGCUGCCCUACUUGUGAUGGCUGUGAUUAUAACGGAUCUCGGAUGGCUAGUGGGGAAUCGGUACCUUUCGGUGAUUGUGAGACAUGUACAUGCAUGUCUGGAAACGUCACUUGCGAGAAGCUCUGUCCUAAAUUAACGUGUGAAAAUCAGUUUAUACCCCCGGGUAACUGCUGCCCUCAAUGUCCAGAUGGCUGUCAGUAUGAAGGGAUGACGUUCAGGAAUGGAGAGUUCUUUACACCGAUGUCAAAUCCGUGUCUGCGAUGUUCCUGUAUGGAUUCUCUUGUGAGAUGCAACCCCACUAAAUGUGAAGACCCGGGUUGUGACAACCCGGUCACAAUAUUGGGAAGCUGCUGUCAAACCUGUAGCGACAAAUGUGUUUACAAUGGUAGAAUUUAUGAAGAUGGUCAGACAUGGGUGUCAUCUAAUCAGUGUCAGGAUUGUACAUGUCAAGGGUCAGAGGUUGUCUGUGUAGAAGCACAGUCCUGUCAACAAACUUGCGAGAAUGGAUACAUUAGACCAGGCCAAUGUUGUUCUGAUUGUUUUGUAAAUACUUGUGGACAUGUUCCCUUUAAUAUGGGAUUGUGCAAUUUAUCUGACAAUCAUAGAAGCCAACUUUACUAUGUUUUUUUUUGUCUGUGUGUGCGUAAUUUCACCUCAGACUGUAAAGAUCAGUUUGGUGUGCUGCACCCCGAAGGAUCGUCAUGGAUACCGUCACAUGACAUGUGUCAGAAUUGUUCAUGCUAUGAUGGCCGUGUCACAUGUGACAUCAUAGAAUGUAACCACAUGUGCGAUUACCCAAUCUUUAAGCCCGAGCAAUGUUGCCCUGUGUGUGAAGGUUGCUUUUACAAUCAACGUGAAAUAGCGAAUGGUGCUACGUUUAGUGGGCCAAGUGGUCCGUGUGAGCAGUGUGUAUGCCGCGGUGGAACUGUGUCCUGUAGUACCAUCCAGUGUGGGCAGACAGCCUGCCAACAUCCUGUCGUCUCACCCAGUGAAUGUUGCCCUGUUUGUGAAGAUUGCUACUACGAACAGCAGCUUUAUACAAAUGGGCAGAGAUUUACCAGCGCUGGUUGCCAGGAUUGCAUGUGUAGGAGUGGAACGGUUGACUGUCAACAGUUAAAUUGUCCUGUGGUUAGAUGUGAUUAUCCAAUUCAGAGGCCAGGACAAUGCUGCCGUCAAUGUGAUGGUUGUGAUUAUAAAGGAGUGCUAUACAGGAAUAAAGAAGAGUUCCGAGAUAAUGUUACAUGUAGGGAUUGCCAAUGCAGUGAUGGAUAUGUCAGUUGUACCCGUGUACAAUGCCAGUCAAUUCCUUGCCAGUAUCCAAUGAUCCCUCCUGGCGGUUGUUGCCCGGAGUGUUCAGGCUGUGAUUAUAAUGGAAGAUCACAUGGAAAUGGGGAUGUAUUUGUGGGAAUCGAUCCAUGCGAAAGUUGUAAUUGCCGGGAAGGUGAGGUCCAGUGCCAGAGAAUUCCGUGUCCUCCAGUGAGGUGUACACAUCCGAUCAAACGACCUAAUGUGUGUUGCAAAUCCUGUGAAGGUUGUGAAUUUGAAGGUAGAUUUUAUCGAAAUCUUGAAAGAAUCCCUCGUGAUGAUAUAUGUGAAGAGUGUACCUGUUCCCAAGGUAGCGUGGAUUGUCGAAGACAACAUUGCAAACCACCUGACUGCCAGUACCCACGUAUGGAUAGCAGUGAUUGCUGCGCAGAUUGCAGAAAUGGGUGCACCUACAAUAGCAGUAACUACGACAAUGGUGAGAAAGUUAUGGAAGAUAGAUGCCAAACAUGUAUGUGUAUGGAAGGCGAAUUGAUGUGCAAUAAUGUCACCUGUGAAAUCCCAACAUGCACCAAUCCAACACUCCCUGCUGAUGCUUGUUGCCCAGUUUGUGAAGAGUGUGAAUACAAUGGUAUUACAUAUGAAAAUGGAAGAGUAAUUCCAACAAAUAAUUAUUGCGAAGACUGUCGCUGUAUCAGUGGAUUGGUGACGUGCUAUCCAGUUGAAUGUCCUACCUUACUAUGUUCGCACCCGGGACGAGUCACCAAUCAGUGCUGUAGUGUUUGUGGACCAUGCGAGUACCAGAGACGGAACAUUGAAAACCGUCGACGAUUUCAAGACCCACAAGAUCCAUGCCUGAUCUGUAUUUGUGAGGAUGGCUCUGUGACCUGUCAAAGGACGACUUGUGAACCAGUUGAUUGUCCAAAUUCUUUAAUUCCUGAUGGAGAAUGCUGUCCUGUCUGCCAGGACUGUACCUAUGGUGGAAUUUUGUACCUUGAUGGCAAAAUUUUCCAAUCACCCUUAAACCCAUGUGAAACAUGUUUGUGCAUGAGUGGGAGAGUGCAAUGUCAAGAACAAUCCUGCCCAUCAACUCCAUGUACGCAUCCUUACAAAGACCCGGCUGCCUGCUGUCCUCUCUGUGAUCACUGUUUGUAUGAUCAGCGGUUCAUCAGGAAUGGGCAAGUGUUUGUUGACCCAACGGACCAGUGUAGGCGGUGCCAGUGCAUUGUAAGAUGUACAUACCAUGGACUUGAAUAUGAAAAUCGUCAGUCGUUUGAAGAUCCGUUUGACCAGUGCAGGCAGUGUGUUUGCCUGAAUGGAGAGGUUGAAUGUCAGGAUCGUCCGUGUUCACCUGUGUCUUGUCCAGGAUCAAUUGUUCCCAGAGUAGCCCAGGGUGAAUGCUGUCCCAGGUGCCUCGAUUGCACAUAUGGUGGUAGAGUAUAUCGCAACGGCGACUCGUUCCCUGAUCCACGUGAUAAUUGCAAUACUUGUCUGUGUCUUGUUGGAUUUGUUGAGUGUCAGCCACGAGAGUGUCUGCCAGUCAACUGCCGCAAUCCUAUUGUUAGGGAAUGCUGCCCAACAUGUGAUGGUUGUUCCUAUGGAAGUGUUGAUAUAAGAGAAGGCCAAGACUUUGAGGAUCCCAGCGACAAAUGCCGUAGAUGCCGUUGCAAUGGUGGCAAUAUUGAGUGUGAGGACAUAAUUUGCCCUGACCUCGCCUGCCGUAACCAAAGGAAACCACCAGGGGAAUGCUGUGCCACCUGUAUUGAAGAUUAUCCGUGCGUUCUCCAUGGUGUACAAUUUCCAUCUGGGGAAAGCAUUCCAAACCCAAAAAACAAUUGCGAAAAUUGCUACUGUGAUAAUGGCCUGAGAACCUGCCAAAUUAUACCAUGUCCCUCAACAAAUUGUCCAUACCCCUUGCGAGGGCAGUGUUGCCUCACUUGUGAAGAUGGGUGUACGUAUGCUGGUAUUGACUACACAACUGGAACUACUUUUCCUGCUGACAGCAGUGAUCCGUGUCAGAUUUGUACAUGCACAAGAGGGUUUGUGAAUUGUGAGAAAACCACUUGCCCCUCUCAGCCAUGUUUCCACCCUGUUAAAGAAGCCAGCCAGUGUUGUCCAGUGUGCAAUGAUUGCUUAUAUGAGGGUCGUCAUUACAGAAAUGGGGAAACAUUUAACGAUACCCUGGACAUUUGUCGCCAGUGUAUGUGUUUGAAUGGCAAUGUAAACUGUGCCACCAAACAGUGUAUGACAGCUCUGUGUACGCAUCCUGCCACUGAUCGUUGUGGUUGCAGAGAGUGCAAUGAUUGUAUGUUGGAUGAGGUGGUUGCUCGAAAUGGACAGAUAUUUGACAAUCCGAAUGAUAAGUGCCAGGAUUGUCUCUGCCUUGAUGGAUAUGUACGAUGCACAGAUAAGCAGUGUCCUACUCUGUCCCCCAUGUGCCUUGACCCUAUUAAGUUGCCUGGAGAGUGCUGUCCAUCUUGCAGAAAAAUGGGCUGCAGUGACCGAGAGGAACUCGAUCCGUGUGAAGAAUGUAAUUGCGUGAAUGGACAGUGGUCAUGUAGCCGCAGGGAGUGUGUACUGCCCUCGUGUCCACAUCCUGGUCGUGGAAUGUGCUGCAUGGAAUGCAACGGCUGCACAUACAAUGGUAAGCCUUGGGCCAAUGGAGAUGUGUUUUCAGAUCCAGCUGAUGGUUGCAGAAGCUGUCAGUGUAGCAAUGGAACUGUAAAUUGCUCUCAUCCAGUCUGCGAGGCACCACAAUGUAGAAAUCCCGUCGUGCCUGCUGGUCAGUGUUGUCCAAUUUGCAUUGGAACGUGCAAUGUUGAUGGUUUAGAAGUUGAUAAUGGUGAGACCUACACACCAGCAUCUGAUCCAUGUGCCUCAUGUACAUGUAGGAAUGGCCAAGUUUUCUGUAAAACAGUUCAAUGUCAACAAUAUUGUACUCACCCUCAACUACAGCCAGGCGACUGCUGUCCUACCUGCAUAGACUGUUACUAUAAUGGAAUUGUGUAUCAAAAUAAUGAAGUGUUUGUACCACAAAAUAAUAACUGUCAAGAAUGCAUUUGUCAGAAUGGUAAUGUAGUCUGCGACCAAGUUCAAUGUCCACUUCUGCCAUGUCCGAACCCUAUCAAUGUGCCCAACCAAUGCUGCCAGAUGUGUCCCGUUUGCAUGUUCCGUGGAUAUGAAUAUUUAGAUGGCGCAUCUUGGCUGGUUGAAGGUGAUUCCUGUACUCAAUGUGAAUGUAUAGGUUCAACAGUUUCUUGUGGACGACUUGAGUGCCAGGAAGCAGAUUGCAGCCACCCAGUCCCAGGUGCAUGCUGCCCUCUAUGUGAGAGUUGCCUGUUUGAGGAGAAAAUCUACAACAAUGGUGAAAACUUCAGACCUGAUAACUGCAGGAACUGUCUUUGUUCAGAAGGCAACAUUCAGUGCAUUGUAAAAACGUGCCCCCAACUCACUUGUCUGGAUAAAGUACAAGUCCCAGGAGAAUGCUGUGAAAAAUGUAGAGGUUGUAUCUAUGAGAAUGUUGAGUAUGCUAGUGGAGAAUCAUGGAAAGCUAAGUCUAACCCUUGUCUGUCUUGUAACUGCCAUGAGGGAACCACCAUGUGUACUGAACUACAGUGCAUAAUUCCUGAUUUCUGUUCUAAUCCUGUUAUGGUGGAGGAUCAGUGCUGUCCCAUAUGCCCAGGGUGUGAGAUUAAUGGUGUGACCUACGACGAAGGCGAAAGAUUUCAACCCAGCAAUGACCCAUGUGAAACCUGCUACUGCAUAAAUGGUUUGACCUGCUACAGAGAGCCUUGUCCGUCGUUAGUGGAUUGUCCAAGUGAAAAUGUCGUACCGCCUGCUCCUGGGGAAUGCUGCUCUUCGUGUAAUGCAGCAUUAUCUCUGAAUUUCAACUGUUCUCUACAAAAUAUUGGCAUGACAAUGAAACCAUUUGGCAAUAAAUGUUAUACUUGUCAUUGUGCGGAAGUUGGUCGCUGGGACUGCAGAAUGCAAAUGUGCCCAGCACUUGACUGUCCAAUCAGAGAACAGAUUUCAAAUCCAGGCGACUGCUGCCCCCAUUGUGAAGUAUGUUAUGUUGAUGAACUUGGUGAUGUGUUAGUUUACCUGAAUGGUGAGACAUGGAAAGAUCCAAGGAAUAUUUGCGCCACCUGUACUUGUAAUCGAGGUACAGUCAGUUGCCAGAUGGACCAGUGCAGACCACUGAACUGUGGAGAAGGCUUUGUUGAGCAUCUUCCUAAAGGGGCUUGCUGUUCUGUGUGCCGAGCCAGUGAAAGUCCAUGUAAUUUUGAUGGUUUGCUGUAUCAGCCUGGUGAACAGUGGAAGCGGGAUGAAUGUACAUCAUGUCUAUGCAAUCAGGGAGAGACUCGCUGUGUUCGAACAAAAUGCCGUCAGCUUAGCUGCAAAUCAGAUGAGAUCUUAUACCUGCCACCUGGCCAGUGCUGUCCAAUGUGUAUGACAAAGCCUGGAACAUGUGUUGCAUUUGGAGAUCCUCACUACAGAACCUUCGAUAACAAGAUGAUUCACUUCCAAGGAGCAUGCCGCUACAUCAUGGCAAUGGACUGCGAGAAUGAAGACUUUGUCGUUGAGGUGAAGAAUGACAACCGGGGGCAGAAUGGAGUGUCAUGGACCGAAGAGGUCACAGUGAUGAUCGGAGGUCAUGAGAUUGAAAUAGGUCAAGGUGGUGUUGCAAAGGUUGAUGGAUUCAAUGUGAUGCUGCCAUAUCUUCUUGCUCCUCAUUUUUCAAUUGAAACUCAAGGCAACAAUUUCUACCUAACAACAAAUGUUGGAUUAAAGGUGCUAUGGGAUGGUCGGAGUUACUUAGAGGUCAGUGUUCCAGGGUCAUAUGCCACCAAGACUUGCGGUCUGUGCGGCAACUUCAACGGGUACCAUCAGGAUGAUCUUAAACUACGAUCUGGACGCUUUACAAGUUCUGUAGCCGAAUUUGGAAAUAGUUGGAAGACUGAGGAUUACAGUAAUGGUAAUUGUGAAGUAGAAGACAUUGACCCCUGUGCAUCAGCAUCGUACAUGGCAAGAACGAUGGUGAAUGCAAAAUGUGGCAUUCUCAAGUCACCUCGCUUUGCACAAUGUCACGUUGCCAUUCCACCAGAGGACUACUUCGCAUCCUGCGUGUAUGACCUGUGUGCGUGUGGAUCAAGUGAUACAUGUUUGUGUGAUGUGUUAUCCGCUUACGCUGCCGAGUGCAGGCAGAUUGGCAUUAAUCUUAACUGGAGAACGGCUUCACUUUGUGCUGUCAACUGCCCGAAAGAUCGUGGUUUUACCUUUGAUGAAUGUGGCCCAGCGUGCCCUAAAACGUGCGAAAACAAAGAUCUGCCAUUGUCUGCUAUAAACGACCGGUGUCUGCGACCAUGCGUCCCCGGUUGUAAUUGUGCAGCCAGUCGUGUCUUGCAUAACGGCAGCUGUAUCAAGGCAGAGGAGUGUCCAAUAUUUGUAGGAAAUGCUACAAUCGUUGAGCAACCUGAGGAAAUCGAUAUGAAUAAUGGAUGAAAAAAUAAAUCACCUAGUGUAAGCUAAGUUAUCAAAUUCCAAAAAGGCCUUGCGCAUCAUGCAUUGCAUCAGAAAACACUGCUGGAAUAAAUAUAUAUUUGUAAUUUAUACUUUUUAAAAACUAUUUUAUUUUUAUAUGAUUAUUAUACAUGAUUUUCUAAGGGAUAGAAGAAGUAUAAAGGGUUAUAAAGUUCAUUUUUUUCACUCUGCAAACAGAAUUUAGUCAACAGUUCACAAAUUUUCUAUCAAUGAUUAUUAUGAUGAUGAUAAUAAUAUCAACAUAUUUUUAUCAUUUUCAAUAUUUAAAAUCAUGGACUGUUUUAUCUAAUACUCAUAGAAUCUUGCAAUGUAGUUAGGUAAUUAAUCAUGAUUAAUUUUAAUUGUAAAUAUUAAACAUUUUAGACACUUCAUCGGUGCUAAAAAAUUACGAAUAAUACAGUAACUAUUCUCAUAAUUAAAAGAAUCAUCUCAGUAAUUAUCAUGAUAAUCAUCAUGAUAUUUAUAAUCUUCUUCAUCAACAUCAUAUUCAUAAAUAUAAUCAUCAUUUUCAUAAUCAUAACUGUGAACAUAAUAAUCAGUGGCGUAUCUAGGGAUAUUGAAAUGGGGUUGCUGAUAAGGAGGGGGAGUGAAGAUGGAGUGAGAGGGCUCAAUGUUAAAGCAAGGGGGUGCUAGCUGACAAAACAAGGUGGUAUAAGGCGAUUUUUCACUACUUAGAACUGAUAUUUUUAUUUAUAAAAAAUUUCAGAGGGCGACUGGUGGGGGGGGAGGUGCAAGCUUUUUUCGGGUGGAGGGGGAAUUUACUUCACCUAGAUAUGCCACUGAUUAUAAUAGUUCAUUAUCAACAUAAUAGGCACAGUUAUAUUAGUUUCUGUAGUAGGUUGGCCUUGUUUAAUGAUUACUAUCUUAUUUCAAACAGUUCAUGAAAGCAUACCUACAUAUCUUUAGACAGACCAUCAGCCAGUUCCAAAAUAUAUUUUAAUGUAAUAUGUGGCCUAUCUAUAUUUUCCUUCUUAUUUGUGAUUAAAAUUAUUGAUUAAUUGACUUAAAAAUUAUUGUCUUAACUUGCCUAAGUCAACUUCAAAUAAUUUCGAUCUUAUUCUACAUGCCAAAUAGUUGUGUUUUUCAUUAAUUAAUGAUCUGUAUGUCAAAUUUUAUCUAAGUCGAACAAUUUUUCAAUGGCAUUUUGAAUUCGACUUGGGCAAGUUCAACUGUAUAUAUACUGUUCUACAUUAACUCAGUACACAAAGGAGUGUGAAACAACUCGGAAGAAAGUGAUGCAAGCCAUCAUUUUAGAUUUUAUUUAUUUAUCAUCAAUUUAAGAAUCAAAACCUGUCAAUCAAGCUGUAUAAUCAGUAACAUAUUUUUUAUAUGUGUUUCCUUGUAUGAAUACUGACUGCCUAUCUAUUUGAUAUACAACUAGGUAAUCCAAGAGUAUAUAUUUUAGUAUGUACAUUUUUUUAUGUAUUAAUUUAGUAUUGGUAUUUAGGUAAUUUCAUACAGUGACUUAAUAUUGACUCUGACAUGACAAUAUUCAACAUGGCAUGUUCUAAUAAUUCAAGUUAUGCUUUCUUGUUUUCUUUUCUCUUUUAUAUAUUCAUAUUUUGUAAUGUCAAAAGUAACAUAUAUUUUAUGAAAAAAUACCAGUGCUGCAGACACAAACUUUAAAAUCUUCAACAGGGUGUGUUACCAUAAUUUCCUCUAUGCUCUUCAUUUUAAUGCAUGUAUGUUCAGUGAAACACAUAACAUAUUUUUAAUAAUUAUCAAAUCUUUUAACAACUGUAUAUGAUUCUUCAUUUCUAUUUUACAUAUCCUAUGUAUUGAUAAAUAAUUAAUUGUGUUCUCAAAUGUGUAGCUAAAAGAAUUGUAAAUGGCUUAAUUUUUACUGUACGAUAAGGUGACCACUGAUUUCAUUAUUUGUUAUCAUGCUAAGAUAAAACAACAAAAAAUAAUAAUCAAAAUUAUAUUGGUUUUUCUAUGCAAAUAUUGUAUAAAGUGAAGAUGCAGAAGAUGCAGAAUCAUAAAAUAUUUAUAAUCAGUGACUUGGUAUAAGUAAAAAUAAAAUAAAAUUCAACAGUGAUGUUGUUAGUCUAUGAGUGACAUACUUACCUUACCUUAUAUAAUUAUCCAUGAAAUACACAGGUUGGCUUAUGAAUAAAUUAAAUCAGCCUCCAAUCCAAUGGUGCUAUUCAAAUAUUGUCUUUCCAUAUUGACAAGUACUAUUUCUAUUAAGUUUAUUUUCAGGUAUAUUGCCAUUUUCGUUACAACAUUAAUAUUAUAUUAAAAGAUAAAUUACAUAAUAUUAAAUUAUUUCUCUCAAUAUAGAUUUAUACAUUUUUUAUUUCAUUUAUAUACAUUAAAGUGGUGUAUUGUUGAAGAAUUGGUUGGCGUAUACUCUUCGGAUGCAUAUUGUUACAUAUAGCCUAUUUCUGAUGCAGAAGGACAUUGGGAGCACAUUCUUUCAUUUUUUGCUGCCAAAAUUCUUUUAUAAAACUUUCUUUUUUAAAACACUCUGAAUUGUUGGCACAGCCCCAUUGUGUUCCCCUGUUUUUCUAAUUAUAUCUGCUUGUAGUCAUUAUAUUUUUUUACACCAGUCACUAUAGUAAGCCUUUGUAGGGCAAUGAUGAAAAAUAAUUACUUGUAGGCAAGAUUAUUGUCUUAAAACAAAUAUACUAGACAUACUUAAUGACAAACUAUAAUUUGUACAGUACACCAGACAAUACACUAAAUAACAUGACUGAAGGGGUGUAAUUUUUUUUUUCCUCAGCUUCCUGGAUUUUAGAUGAAAUUAAUGUAUUUAAUUUGUACAUUUACAAAUGCACAAUUCAUUAAUUCACUAUGCAUGUUUAAAAUUGCUGAUGGUGUAUAGUUUAAAUAUUGGAAUACAACAUUUGCACACGUGCAUUGCAUGUGUAAAGUGCUUUUUAAUUCUCUCACCCAUCAGUUAUUUUUAUAGGUCAAAAUGAGAGUAGUAUUUUAUCUCUUGUACUUAGAAUUAUAUAAACUGUAUGUAGUGUUUAAUAAAAUCAAUAUACAGUAUACCAAUA